CCACAAUUAAAUAGAAAAAACACUAGUUGAAUUCACACACACCCACACCACACGAGUAAACCCUAUCAUCACUAUAUAUGUAACAUAUCCACACAUUUUCACUCCUAAAAGUUACACUUACAACUCCCUCUCUCUAAACCACACCAAAUUAACCCCUCUAUCUCUCCCUCCCUCUCUCCUCACACCACAACUUACUUCUUAGAGAGAACCAAAUCAACCCCUCUCUCUCUCUCUCUCUAUAUAUCUUCUCUCCCCUCACACCACAACUAAAUAGUUCCUAGAGAGAGAGAGAAGCAACAAGCACAAAGAUGAUAAGUGGUGAGGACUUCUACAAGGUGAUGUGUGCCAUGGUCCCUCUCUACUUCGCCAUGCUCGUGGCCUACUCGUCGGUCAAAUGGGCCUCCAUAUUCACCCCGGCCCAAUGCGCCGGCGUGAACCGGUUCGUGGCCGUGUUCGCAGUCCCGGUUCUCUCGUUCCACUUCAUAGCCCAGAACGACCCCUACCGAAUGGAUGUGUGGUUCGUCGUGGCCGACACGGCCUCCAAGGUUUUCGUGCUGGCCGCGCUCUUCGCGUGGACAGCAUUAAUCCGCCGUGGGGCCCACGGCCUCGACUGGCUCAUCACCAUCUUCUCCGUCUCGACGCUUCCCAACACGCUCGUUAUGGGGAUACCUUUGCUCAAGGCCAUGUAUGGGGACUUCACUCAAAGCCUCAUGGUACAAGUCGUUGUGCUUCAAUGCAUUAUAUGGUACACACUAUUGCUCUUCCUUUUCGAGUAUCGGGCCGCCACCAUCCUAAUCCGGGCCCAAUUCCCCGGCCCGAAUGCCGCAGCCAUCACCGAGAUCCACGUGGACAACGAUGUCAUCUCCCUCGACGGCCGGGACCCACUCUGCACGGACUCCGAGAUCGACGGCAGCGGUCGGAUCCACGUCCGGAUCCGACGGUCCACGUCAUCAGCCCCGCAGUCUUCCACUGUGGGGCCCACGCCGCGGGCCUCCAACCUUUCGAGUGCCGAGAUAUUCUCCGUGGCCACGCCCAACGAGUUCGGGUUCGGACUCAGGGGGCCCAUAAGCCCGCGCCACUCGGGCUACGCGUCCUCCGACGCGUACUCGCUGCAGCCCACGCCGCGUGCGUCAAACUUCAACGAGAUGGACGUAACUGCUGCUACAGCCAGCCCGACGCCGGCAAAGGUGUUCCGCCAGGCAUCGCCGGCGGUGAGAAUGGUGUGGGAGUCGCCGGCAGAGGGGCGGGGCCCAUCUGAAGACGACGUUAGUGGAGAAAAAGAUCUUAGCUUUAGGGACUGCGCAAAGAUUCAAGUGGAAGAGGGGUCAGAGGGCAAAGGGGAUAAUAAUAAUCAAGAAAUGCCACAGGCAUUUGUGAUGUUAAAGCUCAUACUUAUCAUGGUUGGAAGAAAGCUUUCACGUAAUCCUAAUACUUAUUCAAGUGUAUUAGGUCUUGCGUGGUCUCUAAUCUCAUUCAAAUGGAAUGUGGGGAUGCCAAGUUUGGUGAAAUACUCGAUUAAAAUCAUUUCUGAUGCAGGGCUUGGGAUGGCCAUGUUCAGCUUGGGUAAAUCAUAUGUCUCCUCUCAUUGAUUAUGUAGUAAUUACUAAAGAUUACUUCAAAAUUUGCUCUAAUAAUUAAUUUUAUAAAAUAUAAACACCCCCAUAUUGAUUAAUUUACCUUACCAACAACUAACUAUUAACUUUUGAGAGUAUGUUUUNUAAAAAAAAAAAAAAA